AUGUCUGUAAGAACUCUCCCCCUGGUUUUCAUUAAUCUGGGUGGAGAGAUGCUUUACAUACUGGAUCAACGCCUACAAGCUCUCAACACGUCCGAGGACAAUUCAGAGAAAGGAGUCUGGUCAGAACAUGACAGAAAAAGAGUCUUGAAUGACAUUGUUGGGGCCAUGUUUAGUAAAGACUUUAUGGAUGAACUUCUCAAACCCCAGCAGCUGUAUUCUCACAGGACACUGAAAACAGUGCUAACUCGGUUAGCGCACGCCUCCAUCAUGAGGCUGAACCAGGCCAGCAUGGACAAGCUUUACGAGCUGAUGGUCAUGGCGUUCAAAUAUCAGGUCUUCCUUUGUCCACGGCCUAAAGACUUGCUGCUCAUCACUUACAAUCACAUAGAUACCAUCAGGGAAUUUGUAAGACACACUCCUGUGGUGGUGAACCAAGUGGACGAGACACAUAGGAAGAUCAUUGAGAUAUACUCAUCUUUGGCAGAGGGGGAUUUCCAGCUGCUCAGACAAACACUGCUCAUAUUUUUUCAAGACAUGCACAUUCGUGUGUCACUUUUCCUCAAAAACAAAGUCCAGAAUCCCAACGGACGUUUUGCCCUGUCGCCAUCUGGCCCAGUGCCUCAUGGGAUAGAUGUUCCAGGGCUUAUUAGGAUGUUUGACAGAAAGGGCAGAGAAGUGAGACGUGGCGAGUUCCCCACAGGAGGAAGUUACACCAGCCCCAUCAGACAGGGAUGCUUUGCACUGCAUGGAAACAGAGUCAUCACACUGGGCAUGAACAUGUACACCGAGAACCAUCCAGAGGAGACACACACAUCCAAGGCUCCUUCUGUCAAGAAGGAUGACGCUCCCAACCUGCUGGCCAAAGAGGAGCUCAAUCUGCUGGCUCGUCUGAUGGGAAGCAUGAAGGCCGAGGACAUGCCCGAAACUGAAACUGGCUUUCGGAUCAACCUGUUUACUUCAGACCAAGAGGAGGAGGAUGCGGGAGCUUCAGGUGGAGCUGAGCAGUGCUUGUUCGGAGUUAUAAAUAUUCAAGCAAUGCAGGAUGAACAGGCUGCAACUCAGCUCGCCCGAAUUGCCGGACAGUUUGCCGAAGGAGGCGAGAUGCCUGAAGAGCUCAGCAGCAGCAAAGGAGACGACCUCCUGGCCAUGAUGGACGAACUCUGACCCAAUUGUGUCGACUUUUAAUUAUCGUUUCAACUUUACUGCCCAACUCUUUACCUCAGGUCAGAUCACUUUAAUGGUCACCGUGAACUUCGAUUUUAACCUGCAAAACAUAUAAUUGGUGCGUUCUGUUCUUCACCAUGUGGUAAAACAUUGAGGAAGAUUAGAGAGUAACACAAAUAUACAAUGACUCAUACUGUCGCACCUGAACAAUUACUUUAUUUUAAAUUAGUUUCACUUGGACAAGUGCUACAUGAAUGCAGUGGAUAUUGUAAGACCUGCUAUAUUUGAUAUGCAUUUUCUGUAUAAUAAUUGUAUGUGGUCAAUAAAUAAAUAUAUUUAUUUGG